AUGUCUCACACAACGGGAGCCAUUGGCCUCUUGCUGCAUCAAUGCGCGAAAUUGAAGGCCUACAGUCGAGGUCUCGCCCUCCAAGCCGUUGCUUACAAGUCCGGCCUCCAUUCGGAUGUCGUGGUAUCCAACCAUGUCCUCAACGUGUAUGCCAAAUGCGGGAAGAUGUCCUCUGCUAGACAAGUGUUCGACGAAAUGCCGCAGAGAAACCUUGUUUCCUGGUCGGCCAUGAUUUCUGGCUAUGACCAGGUUGCCGAACACUGGUUGGCACUGGAACUCUAUUCCCAGAUGUGUUCUUUUCUCCCCAACGAGUAUGUAUUCGCCAGUGUCAUCAGCGCAUGUGCUGGUCUCGCGGCGCUGGUCGAGGGGCAGCAACUUCACGCUCAAUCCUUGAAGUUGGGUUGUACUUCCAUUUCUUUUGUGGCCAAUGCGCUCAUCUCGAUGUAUAUGAAAUGUGGUCGGUGCAGUGAUGGGUCAUUGGUCCACUCUGGGGUUUCAGACCCUACCCUCGUCUCUUACAAUGCUUUGAUUUCUGGGUUUGCUGAUAAUGGUCAAUCCAUUGAUGGGUUCAGAGUUUUCAGCCAGAUGCAACGACGGGGUCUUUUCCCGGACGAAUUCACAUUCGCUGGAAUUCUGAAAAUUUGCAGUGAUUCUACUGAUCAGCACAAUGGUGCUGCAUUGCAUUGUCAAGCAAUGAAGCUGAAUUUGGAGUCUUCUGCUUUCAUUGGCAAUGUAAUCAUUGGGAUGUACUCAAGCUUCAAGCUGAUAGAUGAAGCAGAGAAAGUUUUCAGAACAAUCAAAGACCGGGAUUUGAUAUCAUGGAACACAAUCUUGAGCACUUGUUCUAAUUGCUUCGAUCACGUGAGAGCACUAAGAGUACUCCGAGUUAUGAUAGCUGAUCAUCACGACUUGAAGCCCGAUGAUUUCACCUAUUCUGGUGCUCUUGCUGCUUGUGCAGGGCUAGCAUCACUAAAACAUGGUAAACAGAUUCAUGGUCAUCUGAUCAGGACAAGGCUGCAUAAUGACGUUGGCGUCAGUAAUUCCCUUAUGAACAUGUAUGCCAAAUGUGGUUCAAUAGUCAAUGCAUACAACACAUUCAACAGGAUGGGCUGCAGCCGGAAUCUGGUUUCAUGGAACACCAUAAUCGCUGGAUAUGGGAAUCACGGGCUUGGAGACAGGGCGCUUGAGCUUUUCCAGGACAUGAAAGCAGAGGGAAUGAGACCAGAUUCAGUUACAUUUCUCACUCUCUUAACGGCCUGCAAUCAUUCUGGGUUGGUGGAAGAAGGUCAACUGUGCCUUGAUUCCAUGGUUGAGAGCUACGGGAUCUUUCCUGAGACGGAGCAUCUCUCUUGCAUCAUCGAUCUGCUGGGAAGGGCUGGGAGAUUAAAGGAGGCGGAAGAUUACAUCGAAAGGUUUGAGUUUGGCGGGGAUCCAAUUGUGCUGGGUAGUCUGCUCGCUGCGUGUGUUCUGCAUGGAGAAGUUCCCAUGGGAGAAAGACUAGGUAAACGGCUUCUGAAACUCGAGCCUGCGACUACCUCGCCUUAUGUAUUGCUGUCGAAUCUGUAUGCCACGGAUGAGAAGUGGCAUGGUGUCGCAGAGACUAAGAAGUUGCUGAAGGUUAGUGGCCUGAAGAAGGAGCCAGGCCAUAGCAUGGUUGAAGUGAAUGAUACUUUUGAAAAGUUCACCAAAGGAGAUUUUUCGCAUUCCAGGAUUCUGGACAUCAGGGAGACCCUUAGAACUCUCAGUUCUGCGGAGGGAGAGACCGCCAUUUCUGCAGGAUACCAGAAUUAG